UCGAUCGCGUUGGAGAUUACAGAGAAGAAACAGAGACGAAGAACACUCAAAUUAGAUCAGGAGAAUUGAAGAUGAGCGGAGGAGAUAGCAAUUCUCAGAUGAAGAUCGUCAAAGGAGACUUUGGCUAUGUGCUUGAGGAUGUUCCUCACCUCACCGAUUACAUCCCUGAUCUUCCUACUUAUCCGAACCCAUUGCGCUCUAAUCCUGCAUAUUCCGUUGUCAAGCAGUACUUUGUAAACAUGGAAGAUACAGUUCCCCAAAAGGUUGUUGUUCACAUUGGCAGUCCAAGAGGGGUGCAUUUUAGGCGUGCUGGUCCUUGUCAAAAGGUGUAUUAUAGAUCAGAUGAUGUGCAUGCAUGCAUUGUAACAUGUGGGGGUUUAUGCCCUGGCCUAAAUACUGUCAUCAGGGAAAUUGUUCACAGCCUUGAUUACAUGUAUGGUGUGAAGAAGAUCCUUGGAAUUGAGGGAGGCUAUAGGGGUUUCUAUGCCAAGAACACCAUCAAUUUAACCCCAAAGCUUGUAGAUGACAUACAUAAACGUGGUGGUACAAUCCUUGGAACAUCUCGAGGAGGUCAUGACACUACAAAAAUUGUUGACAGUAUACAGGACCGUGGGAUUAAUCAGGUUUAUAUAAUUGGCGGGGAUGGAACCCAAAAAGGAGCAGCUGCUAUCUAUGAGGAAGUAAGGCGGCGUGGUCUCAAAGUGUCGGUUGCAGGGAUUCCCAAGACAAUUGAUAAUGAUAUUUCGGUUAUUGACAAGUCAUUUGGUUUUGAUACUGCUGUAGAGGAGGCUCAACGUGCCAUCAACGCGGCCCAUGUUGAAGCUGAAAGUGCUGAAAAUGGUAUUGGUGUGGUGAAGCUGAUGGGUCGCUAUAGUGGGUUCAUUGCAAUGUAUGCUACCCUGGCUAGCAGAGAUGUGGAUUGCUGUUUGAUUCCAGAGUCACCUUUCUAUCUUGAAGGGCCGGGUGGGCUUCUUGAGUUUGUGGAGGGAAGACUCAAAGAAAGUGGGCACAUAGUUAUUGUGAUAGCAGAGGGAGCAGGACAGGAACUUCUUGCAGCUGAGACUUCAAGUGCUGCUGAAAGAGAUGCUUCAGGAAACAGGCUUCUCAAAGAUGUUGGUCUCUGGCUUUCUCAGAAAAUCAAGGAUUACUCUAAACGUCGAAACUUUCCAAUCAACCUUAAAUAUAUAGAUCCAACAUAUAUGAUCCGUGCAAUUCCAAGUAAUGCAUCUGACAAUGUGUAUUGCACAUUGCUUGCUCAAAGUACUGUGCAUGGAGCGAUGGCAGGGUUUACAGGCUUCAUAUGUGGGCUUGUCAAUGGCCGCCACACUUACAUCCCAUUCAAUCGCAUUAUUGAGCGGCACAACAAGGUUGUAAUCACUGAUAGGAUGUGGGCACGGCUUCUUUGUUCAACCAAUCAACCAAGCUUCAUGUGUCCAAUAGAGCUGGAAAAGGUCAAAAAUGAAGAGAAAUUGAGAGCACAACUGCUAGAUGGGGGUAACGUCAACACACCGGUACCUAAAACGCCAGAAUCGAAAUGAAGCCCAACAAGUAACGUUUGAGAUUAACCACUUUUUGUUCUACUUAUUCUACUUUUAGAAUAAUUGGUCUCUUGUAGGAAUAAUAAUUUGGAGGUUGCCAGUUGAUAUAUUGCAGUACCUCUAAAGUGGAUUGAGAACGAGAUACUAGAUUGUGAUAAUGUAUUUUCUUGUAUGUUACUUUUG